UCUCUCAGUUUUUUCUCUCACUCUCAGUUUUUUCUCUCAGUUUUUUUCUCUCAGUUUUUUCUCUCACCAAGAGCAAACAAUGGCACACCUUUGCCACAUUUGCGAAAAAGAGUUUCCUUCCCCAACAAAACUAUAUAACCAUGGUUACGAUGUCCAUGUGGAUACUUUACAAGUGACCAUAGACAAAAAGACAAGCAUUGUUGAAAGAAUCGACAGUAAAUUCAGCUGUCCUGAUUGUCCCAGCAGACUUUCUACUACCAGGUCAUUCAACGAUCACCUAAAAAAGAAACAUAAAGGAACCUGUUCAGCGUUAUCGAAAGCGGAAAAAAGGUGCGACAUUGAAACAGACGAUGAUGAUAACGGAUCAUCAGUUCUUAUGAAGCGCCAUAAAAUGCUUGGCCCACAACUAAAUUUUGACGAAUUGAAUUCAAAUUCGCUUACUUUGCCGCCAUUACACUGCGACCACAAUGCAGAGGCUGUAGCUGCUUCUAAUGCACAAGAUCAAAGAGAACCAAAUAAAAAAGAAAUAGUCUUUAGCAAUAUUGGAAACUGGAAGCCAAUAGCAUUAUCAUCUGAAUGUGGAAAAACGUAUUACAUGCUUGCCUCUCCAGAGGCAUUUGAGCAUUUACUUGUGGAGCAACCAACUGGUCUGUGGAAACCACCAAGUCCAAAUUGAUAGAAAUAGGUGGUAUAAAACUACUUUUAAUCAAGCUGUAUACGGCACAUUUAUGCAUUUUAUCUUCUUUUGUUAAUUCGUAUCACUUCAAAUACAUUCG